UAGAGCUGAAGCUUUGCUCUGCAGAGUGUCUGGAGCCUAAGUGUAUGCAGAGUGCCCCCCCUCUUGGCUUCUUGAUAAAUAGGGAAAAGGUCCAGUUUGCUCCAGCUGGAAAGUUGAAGUUGUUGUUAAAUCCAUUUAUACUUGUUCUGCGAGGAAAAGGACAAUCUCUAGUCAUAUUGUUUAACUAUGAGAAAUUUAAGUAGAUUAUACAGUGAUUGGUCUUCUCCUGAAGAAUGACAAGGCAAUUUUGGACUGUGGUUGGACUCCAGGUGACAUUUGAUGUAAUAAUUUCUAUUUCAGCAUUCACUGAUGAAUAAGUGAGACUUGGAGCAGAGAAUGGCAAAUUCUUAUGUCACUACAUCUGAUGGUUACUGUUUUGCUGAACCAGUGCAGUACUAUGAUAUUCUGCCAGAGCAAAUCAACUAUCAGCUGCACGACACUGAUUUUCAAGAAUCAGCUUAUUGCCAGUAUUCUACGGUCCAGUUUCCAACAGCUCUGCAGCCCCAAUCUUUACAAAGUCAUUUCAACACUUACAGCUUGGAUCCACAGUUUGGUGGUGGAGAGUGUGUAUUUGGUUCCUAUGAACUAAAUAAACCCACUUAUGUGGUUGACCAUGAUGCUGAAGAUGGCUAUUCUGGAAUAAAAAGGUCCAGACUAACUCACUCUUCUAUUCGGAUUAAGCGACAGGAAGAACUCUGUGUAGUUUGUGGUGAUAAAGCAUCAGGAUAUCAUUAUAAUGCACUUACUUGCGAAGGUUGCAAGGGUUUUUUCCGACGUAGUAUCACCAAAAAUGCAGUAUAUCACUGCAAGAAUGGUGGCCACUGUGAAAUGGACAUGUACAUGCGUAGGAAAUGUCAAGAGUGCAGACUGAAAAAGUGUAAGGCAGUAGGAAUGCUGGCAGAAUGUUUGCUCACAGAAAUCCAAUGCAAAUCAAAGAGACUUCGAAAGAACUUUAAACAGAAGAAUAGUUUUUACUCUAGCAUCAAAGUGGAAGAGGAAGGACUAGACAACAAGCUUGUAUCAUCCACCACUAGAGCUGGAAAAAUGAUUAAGGAGAGCAUGGAACUAACUCAAGAGGAACAUCAGCUCAUUAAUAACAUUGUGGCUGCUCAUCAAAAAUAUACAAUUCCUUUAGAGGAAACAAAGAAAUUUCUGCAGAAGUAUGUAAAUCCUGAACUGAGCUUUUUGAGACUCUCGGAGACAGUGGUCCUACACCUACAGGGGUUAAUGGAUUUUACCAAGGGACUCCCAGGAUUUGAAAAUUUGACAGCUGAGGACCAGACUGCAUUAUGCAAAGGAUCAAAAACUGAAGUGAUGUUCCUUCAUGGGGCCCAACUUUACAGUCAGAAAGAAUGUCUUUCAUCAGCUUCUGAAAGUCCUAUGAGAAUAUCAGAUCAUUCAGAUCAUUCAUUGAGUUUUCCCAGUCAGAGUGAUAAUAGAAGUGUUAUUUAUUCUAUGGAAACAUUUUGCAAUGAAGACUGUCCACCUGCUACACUGACUGGCAUUGCUGAAGAAUUUAUUACCACAUUAUUUUGCUUCUACAGAAGAAUGAGUGAACUUAAUAUUACUAAUACUGAAUAUGCUCUGCUUGCAGCAACAACUGUGUUUUUUUCAGAUCGUCCAUACCUUAAAGAUAAGAAGCAUGUGGAAAAUAUACAAGAACCCAUUUUACAAAUUUUGUACAAAUAUUCAAAAAUUUAUCAUCCAGAAGACCUACAGCAUUUUGCUCGUCUCAUAGGGAGGCUCACUGAACUGAGAACACUGAAUCACAAUUACUCAGAAAUACUUAGCACCUGGAAAGCAAAUGACCCCAAAUUGGCUAGUUCACUCUUGGAGAAAUGGAAUUUGUAUUCACAUUGUUGAAAUUUAGAAUGUUGUUGUGGUUUGUCUUAAAACUUUCUAAAUCUAGAUUUUUUGACUCUAUCAUCAUAGGAUGACUGAUUUGAAAAACAAAUAGGUUUGCUAGGUAACCAAUAUAUCACCAUAAAAUGGAUGUCAUCAGUGCUCAUCAAAUUUUGUGGAAUAUAGGACGAACCACUAGAGGGACAUCUAGGACUCUUUUCAAGAUUUUACUCAAAAGAAGCAAUGACUAUUUUGUUGCCGUAUGGUUCCUUCAAAAGGGAAUAAUGCUAAAUAGAGUUCUUACCUGAAGAAACUUUACUUUUUUCUUUUAGUAGAAAAACUGAACGAAAAUAUGUAGAUUAUGGAUAUGAGAAAGGCUAUCUAGUGGAAACAGUUGUAAUCAGAAUAAAGGUAGUUUGUGAAACUCAUUAAUUAGGCCAGAUUGAUGGAUUAAGAACUAACUUUCUAAACUUAUUCCUGUUAUAGCAUUUUAUGAAUUAUUAAAGGGGAACAAAACUGUUCAACUCUUAUUACUUUUUCUUA